CUCGAUUUCUGGUCACCGUGGUAACAGCAUCCAGGACUUGGUUGGACCUGUUGUUGUACCUUUAAGAUCCAAUCUCGGACCUGUUGUUGGAGCCAUCAUGCUGUACUUCCAGGUGGUGAUUCUGGCAGCGAUGGUGAUGCUGGUCUAUUACUGUGAGUUCACUGACACCUUCAGUCCAGCAGAGCAGGGCUUCAUCUGCAGAGACCCUGCUCUCUCCAAACCAGAUCCUGGACCAGAGCAGGACAGCCGAGUCCAGCCUGUAAUCCUGUACUCUGUGCUGGGAGGUCUUCCUGUUGUCCUGGUGAGUCUGACUGGAAGUGUUUCAGAGGGGUGACACGGAUAUGUAGCUUUUACUCCGGGUCUCUUUUCAGCUUCGUCUGAAGUACAUCUUCUUGUCUUCUGCAGAUUUCAGGAGUCGAGCUCAUCAUCUUCCUCCUCUACUACAACUCCAGCUCCAACACCCUGUACGACCAGGAGAAGGCGGUGGUGAUGGGCGACUGCUGCUACCUGAACCCUAUGGUGCGCAGGACUUUCCGUUUUCUGGGUAAUGUCACUGUGGACUCUUCUAUAACGGAACCAGAAGAGCUCCUCUUUAGUAAAGAUGUUUUUAAACUGUUGUGUAAGGUGAUUCAGAGAGCUCACGGUUCUACACAGAUUUAUCGACACAGCUUCAGACCUGCCCUCACCAAAAUGGCAGACACACUGACACAUCACAGCUGCACAACACAACCAUCAAGGCCUCUGACUGUACAUGAUUAUUUUUAGCUAAGAAUAGUGAUCAGGUUUGAUUAUUCUGAGCCUUGUUUAACCUGCAACACCGUGUGUGUGUGUCUGUGUGUGUUUCUCCUCAGGUGUGUACGCCUUUGGUCUGUUCACUACAGACAUCUUCAUAAAUGCAGGUCAGCUGAUCACAGGAAGUCUCGCUCCUCACUUCUUGUCUGUCUGUCAGCCUAAUUACUCCACUCUCUGCUGUGAGGACUCAGAGCUCUUCGUUAGCCAAUCAGAUGCCUGUAUGGGCGACCCUGAUGUCAUCCUGAGGGCCAGGAAGACGUUUCCGUCCAAAGAAGCCGGGCUGAGCGUGUUCACGGCGGUCUACCUGUCUGUGAGUGUUAGUUAUCCACAUUAAUCUUGCAUAAAGCAUCUUUAAUUUAAUUAUCAAACACAGCCUCUCUCUCUUUUUUCAGAUGUACAUCAUGUCCUGUUUGGGUUCAGGUAGGGGAUAUCUGACCGGCCCCCUCCUCAGCCUCUCAUUGGUUGGUCUUGCCGUACUGACGGGCAUCAACAGGGUGGCCGAGUACAGGAACCACUGGAGCGAUGUGAUUGCAGGACAGGCCAUAGGGGUCGCUGUGGCUCUCUUUCUGGUCAGUGAUGAAUCUUAUUAAGAUGUGUGAGCUCUGAGCUGAAGCCUCAUGUUAGAACUUGGUGUGUAAAAACAAAAAAACUGUCCACUGGAGGAUUUUAGGAAACAUAAAACACACGACAGAAGUAGUUCAUCUUCAUGGGUAAGUGAGGACACACACACACACACACACACACACACACACACACACACACACUGUGUUCAUCCCCUUCAAAAUGCAUCUUCUCUAAUGGACUGAUUUGCUGCAGGACACGCGAACUCUCCACUGAACCUUAAUUCUCCCUGAGUUACACACAACAUGCAAGACGGAGCUGUCGGAAUAAAGAGCAGGACUUCACACACACACACACACAGGCACACACAGGCACACACAUCCCAAACAACAUUUGUUCUCCCCAAAGGCGGAGUGAAACUAUCCCACCAUUCCAUGUGUUGGCUGUUUUUCCUGUAGUUUUAUAAUGAUAUGGCUCUACCUUUAUGAACAGACCUCUUGGUUUUCUCUCUGUCACUGACAUAUCUCUAAAUGCAGAGCCGGCCCAAGGCAUAAGCGAACUAAGCGCCUGCUUAGGGCCCCGCUGCCAUUAGGGGGCCCCCAAGAGCAAUCCAAAAAUGCUCCAGAGUAAAAUCUCCCACACACACUUACACACCAAAAACUAGUUUUUGUCAUCCUGUGGGCCAAGUGAAAAAAAGCAAGGGGAGUAUCAGGGGAGGUUUCUUAACCUAUUAAAAGGGAAAUUGGUGUGGGGCCCACCAUUUUGAGGCCCCAUAAGGUUACAUGGUCUCAUAUUGUUGGUGUGCUCCCAGUACCUGGGCCCCACCAUGGAGCAAAUAUGAGAGUACACACACACACACACACACACACACACACACACACACACACACACACACACACACACACACACACACACACUGUAGCAUACAUUGGAUGAAGCUGUUAAAGAACAGAAACAUGAAUUAAAUUUGUGAAAUUGACUUCUUUGCUGAUGGACCACCUAGAAAAACAGAGCGGCGUUUCCAGGUGAAGUCAGUAAAUCCAGCAUUUCGGUCUCGGGUCUCGAUGUGAUUGUUUAUUCAGAGGUUUAUUCACAGUCAUGACCUACAGAAAGAUCUGGAGGUUCAGGUAAAUCUCUAGUUGGGUCACUUUGGAAGCUGAAGGUCUAACCUGUCCUGGGACCAGAUAACUUACUGUCAGGAUGUGAGUUUCACACAGUGUUGUCUCUACAACAAUAUCUCAUAGAUGCUGUCAGUGUAUGUUUCAGUGUGUGUCUCUCUGACUCUGUGUGACUGUAUCGUUACACUGACAGUGUGUGAGAGUAAGUGUGUGUCUCUGUCCUCUGUCCUCUCAGGUGGUGUUUGUGGUUCAGUAUUUUAAAAAGAGACGUUCAAUACCUCGCAGUCUGUCUGACGCUGGGACGGCCAAUCCUGAGGAGGCUUUACCACAAGUCAACAACAACACGGCGACCAGCGAGAAAUACAUUAUUAUGCGGGUAAACACACACUCACACGAUGCACAUUAUCGUCCAAAAUCUUUAAUAUUUAAUCUCUUUUUAAGUCCCGUGGGAAAGUUUGAAGUGCUUAUUAUUAGGGUUAUAUUAUUACCUGUAGUCCAACCUCAAAGUCUUUUCUUCUGUUCUUAUAAAAUACAAACAGAUAAAAUAAAAAAAGUUUUUUUCCCUUUUUAGAUAUAAUGUUGUUAAACAUAUCAAAGAUAAAGAUAAGAUAGGAACUAUCAGUCUUUUACAGAGGUGAACCUGAAAAACAUUGUGAUGUGGUCCAUUUCUGAAUACAUCGAAUUAUUUGGCAAAACAAAAACUGCAAUUAUGGAAUCCUUUGACAACCAUUUAGGAAAAAAGCUUUGAUUUUUUUUUUUUUUUCAACAAUCCUUCUUAAUUUGGAGAUUCUUUUAAUUUCAUCAUCUUUAUUUCUCCUUCAUAGAGUUCAGGAUCCGUCCCGGAGAUCACAUGACUAUGACUUCCCUGAAUAAGGGAAAACGAAGGACUUCUGCAACAUUUCAAAUACAGAUUUUCAAAAUAAAACCCUUCAGACUUCUGGCUGUUUAAGCAGCAACGGGAAGUGCACACCUUUCUACCUCUCCAUAGUAAACUCUGACACGUGUGUUUCACUGGGUUCAUUUUUUAUUCUGCUGGUUUAAGAUGUUUUUUUCUGCUGUUCAAUAGUGACUGUAGUUCUCGAUUUACAAGGUAACACUCUGAGGGUUGUGUGAGUGUGUGUGUUUAUGUGAGUGUGUGUGUUUAUGUGUGUGUGAUAGUUCCCUGGAGCUGGUCAUGACAUCAGCUUGAACUCUAUCAGGGUUUCCAUGAUGACCUUCAUCAAACAGGCCAUUGUUAUUGUGUGUUUGUGUUUGUGGGUCUUGCCCAUAGACUGUAUAUAGAUGGACGCCGUCUGCCUCCUCGCUGGGUGAGAACAGCACCCUCUGGUGAUGGGCUGCAGUAUAGGUCAUAAAUCCCGCCUCCUCCAGCAAAAUAAAUACAGUCUUCAGUCUUUCCCCA